AAUUAAAGCUACAUAAAAACAAUGGAAGGUAGCGAGUCCAAGUAAUGCGCUGCACAUAUAUGUAACUAUAAGGUAGUUGUACAAUUCCAAAAUUGACACCCGCCGCGUUGGCUCCUCGCUCGUCCCACAGUUUUUUGGCCUUGUAUUUUGCGAAUAUACGCCUUUCAUUUAACCUGUCACCUACAAUAAAGUGGUCUUCGAACCUGAUCUGUGCUAAUGUGAUGUACAGAACUCCGGUGCAAUCGACGCAGGUUAAAACUCGUAAACAAUACCGUCGCGAACUCGAGCGAAUAAAAUUGCAAAUGGCGAGUACAAUGAGCAAAGCGCCCGCGGAACCUAUAGUUAAUAAGCUCCUAAACCUCGGCACCGAUGGUGACAAUGUGAAACAGCCGAAGGAUGUGGAACCAGUGAAAAUGCAAACACCAAAAAGUGUACGUAGUUCUAUUUCGUCAGCAAAGUCGAAGUUGUCUACGUCAUCAUCCAUUGCAAAACGUAAGCAAUUGGAAUUUGAAGCCGCUCAAGCCAAGGCCCAGAUUGAGCUGGCCCUUAUUGAUAAAAAGCUAGAAGCUGAUCUAGCCCAAGUUGACGCCGAAGAAGCGCAGAGUGAUAGUGAGCGCGGUAGUGAAGCGAACGGAGGCGCGCCUAGCAACAGAGCGCAGGCUAACGUCGAACAAUGGUUGAGUCAAGGUCACGACGAAACUACUUACAUACCGCAGCCUGAUGUGCCAUAUCAGCCACAGCAGCAAGCACUGCCACCUAACCCUGCACCAGCACCCGUCAACUUACCUAUAGUCCGGCAACCCGAUGUUCCAAGUGACAGCAUUCGAGAACUAGCGCUUACCUUGAAGGAUAUCAUGACGAACUCGUCAGCCAAGCGUGAGGAUCGUUUGCUCAGCCGCCUGUCUACGCCACGUGACUUACCAAUUUUCAGUGGCGACAGCGUCGAAUGGUUGCACUUUAAGAAGUCUUAUACGGAAUCUACUCGUGUCUGUGAGUUCAGUGAGUCUGAGAACCUGGAGAGACUACGCAAAGCACUGCGAGGCGACGCCAAGGACACGGUUACCGCUCUGCUGAUCGGUAAUACCCCGCCCGCAGCCGUCAUGGAAGCUCUCGAAUUAAGGUUUGGCCGAUCGGAUGUCAUCAUCAUGAACCUUACGACGCAGCUGAAGAAGCUACCUUCAUUACCCACGUCAUACCAACAUGACCUAAUUGAUUUUUCAAUCAAAGUUAACAACUGCGUAGCAACAAUAGGUGCGCUAAAUAAGCCAGAUUAUCUACGCAGCCCCGAGCUCGCAUCAGCUGUUCUUAGCAAGUUACCGAGCACUUUGAUUGGCAAAUGGACCGAUUUCGCAUACAAAAAGUUAGAUGAAGAUCAGCCUAAGUUGACCCUGAUCUCCGAAUUUCUUAAACAAGAAGCACAAAUGUUAUCACUAGUUGGAAUGACACAGGUACGUGAACAGAGUAAGCAGAGUGAAAUAAAAACUACAACAAAAUACUCAAGUGAUAACAAAGGCCGUAUUAAUCGACCUAUAUUAACAACUAAAGCCGUCGAGGAAAACAAAGAUUGUAAAUUUUGUUCGAAAGGAUUUCACCCGCUGCCAGAGUGCCGUGUGUUCAAACGCGCCAUGCGCCGUGAUAGAUGGAAGUUCAUCAAAUCUCAAGGACUUUGUUACUGUUGUCUGACGUCACGACAAGACAGAGACACAUGCCCCGCGCCCGUGUGCGACAUAGAUGGUUGUGGACUCGCACACCACAAGAUGCUACACUGGAAGAAGCCUACGUCAUCACAAUCAGCUGACGCGGUCGUCGACCCGCCGCCCGAGCCGGCCCCAGCGCAGGCUCAACAGCCGGUCCCCGAGCCGGCGCCCUCGGCCCCCGACACCGUGGCACAUGUUACAUCGGAUUGUGCUAAGCCUUCUUCUGCAGAUAACGUUAUGUUAAAAGUAGUGUCAGUGCGAUUGCGUGGACCUAAAGGUACCGUAAGUACAUACGCGCUUCUGGACGAUGCCGCUUCAGUGUCUAUGAUAGACUCUAACCUAGCAGACGAGUUAGGUCUUAAAUGUGAACAACCGCGUUCUAUAAAGUUUACCGAUGCGUUUGGACUAGAAGUGUACCAAUCAGCUGUACCGACCGUUAUCGCUCAGAUAAGUGGACAAAACAAUAACAAUAGUUAUGACAUUAAGUUGCGUAAAGUGUCUAAAUUAAAUUUACCAGCACAAAACUUAUCUGUAAUUAACAGUUUAAAUUGUAAACGUUUAUCUCAUAUUAAGGAUUAUGUGUGUAAAAGUCGAGUUGUACCUCGCAUUCUUAUUGGGGAAGAUAAUUAUUUCUUAAUCGCUCCGAUUGAAAUCAUUCAUGGUAGUGAAACCGAGCCCUAUGGAUCUCUGUGCAAGUUAGGUUGGUCAAUUCAUGGCAAUUGUCGUCGCACUUACUCUAACGUUGCCAAUGUGUUCCAUCUCAGUCACACGGACAGCGAGAAUAUUGGUGAAUUAAAUGAUUUAAUUAAACAUUCUUUUUCCCUAGACUCCAUAGGAAUUUCAACCUUACGCCGUGAAAAUAGCGAUCAUUUAAGGGCAUUGCAGAUACUAGAAGAUUCAGCGCGCCUUAUCGGGAAUCAAUGGGAGGUUGGUCUGCCGUUCAAGAAGGACGUAUUCACCAUGCCAGAUACACGCGAAGCUGCCUUUACGCGACUACAGUCUUUAAUGCGCAAAUUUGCUAAAGACUACGCGUACGCAGAUCGCUACCGAAUGGAGGUAAACAAGCUGUUUGCCGCUGGUUAUGCACGUGAGCUCAAGGAAAAUGAACUUUCGGCCGACCGCAUAUGGUAUCUCCCGCACUUCGGAAUUCAAAAUCCCAACAAACCUGAACGUUCACCGCAGUGGCGUGGAUUGGAACAACCACAUCCGACCGGAAGAGCAUGCGUGCUGGGUAAGGUGGCUCGACGAGCUUAAACUACUAGCUUCGCUACGCAUACCACGGCACUACGCUGACGCGGGACCAUGGACGCGAUGCUAUGACGAUUCGGCGGAUGGGGUAAGUGACCCCACCAUUAUAAGUACCGAAUUGCAUGCUUUUUGUGAUGCCAGCAGUAAGGCAUAUGCCGCUGUUGCUUAUUGGCGUUUUGUUCGCUCAGAUGGAACUCUCAAUAUCUGUUUUGUGGCGAGUAAAAGCAGAGUGACCCCACUUCGUCCGGUAUCCAUACCGAGAUUAGAGCUUCAAGGUUGUUUGCUCGCUGCUCGUCUUGCCGCCACAAUACAGAACGAGCACAAAGAUAUCAAGCCAAACAAGAGGUAUUUUUGGACGGAUUCAAAUACCGCCCUCCAAUGGAUUCGCAGUGACCCUAGAGACUAUAAACCAUACGUCGCUCACCGCCUCGGUGAGAUUGACGAGUUGACUACUGCAUCAGAGUGGCGUUACGU